AUGUUGCUUUCAACAUUGUCAUCCUUGCUCCUCUCAGCAAUUCCUGUCCUGGCACUACCAGUCGACAAAUUCAACGACAUGAUACAAGGCCAAUCGAAGCGUGUCUCUGCAGCAGAGUAUGUUGGGGUUGCCGAAAGAGCAGAAAUGGUGGAAGGGGCACAUUUCGCGGCCGUCGACCUGGCCGAGGUUGUCCAGGGGACACACAAUCUUGAGAGCCGCUUGUUCGCCGCUGAAUAUCUUGAAGGUGCUGACGGCGAGGAGGUGUUUGAUGCCUAUCCAGCGUAUGUCGACGCCGCCGACUCUGCGAAGAUUUUAGGAGAGGCACAAGACUUGACCAAGCGUGUGUUUGCCGCCGAGUAUAUCGACGACACUCAUGGCGAGGAGAUUAUUGAGGCAUAUCCGGCCUAUGUCAACGCCGCUGACUCGAAAAAGGUUAUGGGGGAGUAA